AAAAUACAUCUUCCCUAUAGGGAGGAAUUUCGGAUGUCUUGAUUUUGUUUUUAUAUUGCUGCGUUUGAGAUACGCUGCUUGAUCGGAUCAGUUGGAGUUUAGAUUUGUAUGACAAGGUUAUAUAUCGACCACAAAAUUCAUUUGUUUAUGAAAAGAAUGCGAAAAUUCAGCUAUGAUAGCUUAUUAAUUCGUGCAUCUCUCCUAAAUAUAUCGUAUAUAGAUAUGUUUAUUUAAAUUAGGCAUUGCCAAGAUCACAGGAUUUCCAAAAUUGAAUAUGAAUAAUCAGAAAAGUGAAAGUAAAUCAGCUGAUCAUGAAGAGAGUGAUCAUACUCAACCAAUCAAUUUGGUUGCUGCUAGAACAGUUGCACCUGCAACUACCUUCACAGGAGGAAAUACAGGUGGUUCUUCACAACCACUUGCUAUGAGAUCCCACAUAGAUGCACCUAAGCCAGGUUUAAUGACUCUAUAUUUUCGAACACCGGCACCUAGACCUUCAGGCCAAGGAAUUGGUCCAGUUGUUGGAACUCAGGUGUCUUCAACUCAACAUUUUACUGCAAAGCAAGCACAAGAUUUCAAAAAUAGCAGUAUUUCAAGUUGGACAGUCAUACGCAUGCCUACAAGUGACAUAACACAAACAGGCACUACAACAGCCAGUUCUAGUGGCACCCUAACUCCAGGAAUCUUACCGUCUGCUCUCAGUGGUGGAAGUCGUCACAUGAUUCCAGCUGCAGUCCAUCCAGUUAUAGCAGCUGGUAACUCUGGACCAUCAAUGGCAUCCAUAAUCAGAAGUUCUCAUCAGAUACCUCCUUCAGGUCAUGUGAUUCAUCAGCAGUCUUUCUCCUCACAUGUUCCAAGAGGGCCUGCAGCUGUUGCUAGUAUUAGUGCAGCUCCUAAAUCUGCUGUGGCAACUCCCAUUCUCAGAACUCCUCAUUCAUCUACUACAAUGGCUUUAGCCUCUUCAUCUAUGAUGGCGUUACAUACUCCUGUCAGGGCAAAAUCUCCAACACUUGUUAGUAGAACUGCUACUCCACCAGUGGGUUCGAGUUCAAUUCCCCAAGUUGUAGAUUUACAGAAAUCUACAAGCCAUUCUCUCUCUAGCAGUUCUACACAUAUUGGAUUAGGAUCUCGAACGGUUGAGGGUUCAGUUGUGAGAACUGGACCAUCACACUCUUCAUCAAUUACAAUUGCUAAGCCUAUAAAUAUUUCUCAGCCCAUUGUUCAACAUUUACAGCAGGUGUAUGAUAAAGGUAAUUUAAAGUCUGUUUCCAGUCUGUCUUCGACUGCAAGUUCAACAGCAAAUUCAACACCAGCUCAUCAAACAGUGCCUCCUAACAGUUUUACCUCAGUGAGUGAAAAUGUUGGUGUGGUUCCCUCAAUAUCCAGAUCUGCUAAUUCAUCUGGUUAUUCAACAAGUAUUAUGCAGUUAUCAUCUGCAGCUGUUGGUCAGUCUUUACAGACUUUAAGGGCUACUCAUGUGAAUCCAGCCAUGCAUUCAUUGACUAAUUCUUCUUCCAGUGUUGCCCCACAUCAAACGCUCACUGUGAUUUCUGCAAAGUCAUUAAUGCCUGCAAAUCACUCUAUUGCUUUGGCUACAACAACAACUCGUUCAGGCACUCCAAGUACAUCAGUCAAUGCUUCUGGUAGUGUAUCAGUGGUACCUAGUCUUGCAUCCCGGCCUAAUUCUAUUAAUCCUACUACUAUUCCAGUUGCUAAAGUAUAUCCUCAGUCUCCUGUGACUUCAAGAGCUAUUAGUGAACCUUCUGUUCCAGACAAUGCUCGAGUUGGAAAUUUUUCUUCGCAGGCUUCUGCUUCAAAUUCGGCACGAGUUACUACUUCAUCUUCAUCUAACAAUACUCCUCAAAGUGUUAUGAUAACUGAAAAGCAGGCUGAAAGUAAUUCAUCUGUUCGCUUUACUUCAUUAUCUAAACCACAAGGAAGUAGUGCAACAUACGCCCCAUCUACUACAUAUUUAUACCAUGAUCAAUAUUCCAAUUUGGCUAUGCAUCCUUAUACCUCAAACCCACCUUCUGGAGGUUUUGCUUCUUCUCAGCUGAGGCCAGCAUCUUUUGCACAACAUACAACAAGUAACACUUCAUCACAUUCUUCCACUUCCACAUCAAAUCCUGUACAGCCAAUUAAUUCUGUAAUGGUUGCAGUGGAUUCUCGUCACUCUGUUGCCCUGCAUCCAUCUUAUGGUGGAAAGAGUUCAGAUAUUUCAGCUCCAUUAACCUCUAAUGGUAGCUCUUCUAUUGGACAGGCACCAGCUACUACUUCUUAUAAUACUUUGCAAACUCAAGGAAGUGUAAAUAACCAUACAUCUCCUCGGCCAAGCAUUUUGAGAAAAAGAACCAGUGAGAGCUUGAAUACCGUUGUAAAAAAGAAUUUAUCAAGCAGCUUAUGUAUAAGUGAACCAAUCAGUCCUCGUUCAGAUGCUAACAGUAAUGCAAAUUUUUCAUCGGUUUUAUCACCUAAAACCAACAGUGAAAAACCUAAAGAAAAUGCUACAACUACAGUGACUGUAUCAUCUGAAAAUCUUAUUUCUUCAUCAAGUGUUCCACUUCCUGCAAUUAAAAAAGAGCCUGGAGCUGUUGAAAAUGCUUGUAAUAAUUCUGAAGCCAUCUUGAAAGAUAUGCGCAUGAUAGAAGCAUCCCCUCGGAAAAAACCAAGAAAGCAAUUGCUUGCUGCUAAUGAAUUGAUUGAGACACAUUCAUCUGAAGGAGAUGAAAAUAAUUUUGAUGCUAAAGUGAAAAUGAAAGAAGAUCAAGAUGAAGAGAAAACAAAAUAUGUCACAUUUUAUAAAAGACCAAGUAUGUCUCUGUUAAGUACCUAUCGUCAGACAUGGAAGCCUAGGCAUAAUCAUUUUUCUAGGUAUUCUGAUGUCAAACCUAAAGAAGAAAAGAAACCAACUGUAAAUGAAUUGGCUAAUCAGAAGGGAAUUCUUCAACAAGUUAAUGGAUGGAAAAUUUAUCAUUUGUCAGCUCAAAUGGAGGAAGUUAUUGAAUUGGAAGAGACAGUUUAUUCUCGAUUGUCGAACCUACUGGAAUUUGUCGAGAAAGAUCCUAGAGCCUUGAGAAACAGAACCAUUUCAAAUUCCCUCACUGAUGAGGAUAAAAUUAUUAAUAAGCUUACAGACUUGAUUAAGGGAAACUUACAAAGGAGUAAACUAGUGCAAGAACAAGUGGCUGAAUCAAAACAACAAGCCAUUAAAAUCCUUGAUCACAAAACAAACAUUAUUGAAAUGGUAAACAAAUAUAUUAGCCGACGGCCACUUAAGAAAAAGGAGAAAUCAUGACCAAGAUAAUUUUGUGUGCUGCAUUUUUAAAACCAAUCAGAAGAUUUAUCAAUGUAAGAUUUUAUAAGUGCAUUCCUUGCAUAAAGACAUUUGGAAUGUGUUGUGUAUAGAAAAAAAAACAACUUUAUCUCACUUUGUAACAUUUCACAUUUUAAUGUUUUUUGUCCUGGAGAUUUAUGAGAAUUUUGUAAAUAUUUUAAAAUGAAUAUUUUAAGAUGUGUUGCAAGCGUCUUUAAAAAAACCAUCAUUGUCAUUAAUAGCAUCGCUAAUUGUAAAAAGAAUGAAUAGAAUUUUCAUUGUGGAUAUGCAUUAAAAAUGUUUUAGUACUCAUCUGUGUAAUUAUGAAUUGAAAAUCUCAUUUGUAAACUGCACCAAUCUAUAUGUGGCGAAUGUUUUACUUGUAAAUGUUGAAUUAAGCAAUGUUAUUUUUUUACAGCUGAAUUUCAUUCCCUCUUCAUUAAAAAUGCCAAUAAAUCUCGGGUCCUUUUUUUCUUCUCUUCUUUAUUACAUAAUUUAAUGUAUAAUUUUGCAGAAUGUUCCUGAUGAACUAAAAUGAAGAUAAAGGUAAUAUAUUCAGCUUGUACAAUUUCCAUUCAUUAUGAAAUGGAAAUUUAUGUAUGCAUUAGAAGAUCACACGAUUGCUAGACUCUACCAUAUAUUCUUCUCUUGUUAAAUAUUAUCAAAGUUUUGAAUUUUAUUAUACAAAUCUAUUUGUGUAAUUUUGAUUGUUUGGUUCUUAUUACUUAAUCUAUUAAAAUUUUUAUAUUUUAUGUUAAUGAAAACAAGUUAUGUAUAGAAAUCACUGGAGAUUUGAAUUUUAUAUUUUUUUUUUCAAAUAUGAACGAAUUUCUGACAAUAAGCAUGAAGAGAAUCUAAAAAUCAUUGCAUUUCUAUAUGUGAAUAAUAUUAUUUUAAUAUUGCAUGUUUUUUAACCUUUGACUUGUACACUCGGUUUUUCUUCUUUUUCAGCAUUUAUUUCAGAUGUUUUAAAACAAUUUUAAUUUUUAUUCCAACUUUCUACUUGCCUGUUAUUUGAAUUAGCUUCUUAUUUUUGUUCAUAUUUUUUUAAAAAAACAAUACACAACAGUGCAAUUGUUUCUGAUAAGUGGAGAAAAUAUGCUCUAGUUUUGUAGCAUGACUGCUUCUUUGCAUUUACCUUAAAUUAAAAUGACAUU